CGAAACUUGCGCUGGUUAUUUGGCCGUUACUCUUUGAAGACUGUGGAUGAAAGAGGGUCAUUUGAAGCUGGCUGCUGGGCUUUUUAUUUUAAUUUUAAUUUUUACAGUGACCCUCACACGGUUCGGUGCUCGCUCGUACUACGCUGUCCUCCUCCUUCGUCGCGUACGUAUCUUUUAAAAUCCCCAGUCUUUUCGCUUUUUAUACUAAGCGUCGACGCGACGUCCACCAUGCCGUCCCCGCGAUACUCGUACACGGUGACGGUACCGGAGGAGCCGGCCGCCUCUCUCCCCGCCGCUAAGUCCGAGGUGCGGCGUCUGACUCCGUCCUUGUCCCGGUCCAGGCUGGUGUCCACCUUCAGGGGACUAAUCAUCAACCAGGCCAAGAAGCAGAGUCCACAAGGCCUGGUAGGACUGAAGAACCUGGGAAACACAUGUUUCAUGAACUCCAUCCUUCAGUGUUUGAGUAACACUCCUGAGUUAAGGGACUACUGCCUGAGGGAGGUCCAUCGAACAGACCUGAACAAAAGCAACUACAGGACCAAUUCGGCCCUCGUGGAAGAGUUUGCCAAGCUGACUCAGAGCUUGUGGACGUCGGUCAACAACGAGACAUUCAUCCCCUCCGAUUUCCGUAGCCAGGUCCAGAUUUGCGCUCCCAAAUUCGCCGGUUGCAGUCAGCAGGACGCCCAGGAGUUUCUGCGUUUCCUGCUGGACGCCCUCCACAGCGAGGUGAAUCGAGUAACUGCGUGCCCCAGGGCGUCCGUCGAGGACUUUGACCUCCUCUCUGAUGAUGACAAAGCCAAAUGGAUGUGGAGUAUGUAUUUGGAGCGGGAGGACAGCAAAGUCGUGGAUCUGUUUGUCGGGCAGCUGAAAAGCUCCCUGACCUGCACCGUAUGCGGCUUCCGCUCCACCGUCUUCGAGCCCUUCUGGGAUCUUUCCAUCCCGAUCGCACCGAAGACCUCAGGCGAGGUGACCCUGAAAGAUUGCCUGAGGGUCUUCACCAAGGAGGAUGUGUUGGACGGAGACGAGAGGCCGACUUGCAACAGAUGCAAAACCAGGCAGAAAUGCACCAAACGAUUCAGCAUUCAGAAGUUCCCUCAGAUACUUGUGCUUCACCUGAAGCGUUUCUCUGACUCCAACGUCCGAGCCAGCAAGCUGUCCACGUACGUCGACUUCCCCCUCAAAGAGCUGGACAUGAGGGAGUUCGCCUCCGGGGGCAGCGCAGACCGCGCCGUGUAUAACCUCUACGCUGUGUCCAACCACUGGGGCAACACGCUGGGCGGCCAUUACACGGCCUACUGCAAGAACGCCACAGUGGGCGAGUGGUACGGCUUCAACGACUGCAGAGUGAGCCAUAUGUCCUCCAGCCAGGUGCGCAGCAGCAACGCCUACAUCCUCUUCUACGAGCUCUCUAAAAACCAGACGUGUCACCUUUAGACAACCUGGGGUGACCCAAAAAAACAAAAAACAAAACCCAGCAGGAGACGGGUGAGAGCAUCCCGUUGUGGCUAAGACUGUGACAAACAGGUCAUGUGAUGAUCUGGAAUCCAUGAACAGUCACAGUCCGUUUCUUUGUUUUCCUUUGCACUUUAACACGGACGACAUCACCAUUUGGAGAGACUGCACAUAAAAAGUCUCAAACUUGACUGCCGUGUUUUAAUUUAUUCUAUCAGAGACAAGAGGUAAGGUAAAUGCCAGUACUUCAUAAAGCCAUCCACACCAAACUAUCGAGAGAUGAUGCUUUAUUUUUGUACAGCACGGUUGAAUGUACAACACCAAAAGCAGCGCAACUGGAAAUAAGGUGCUGAGUGUGUGUGUGUGUGUGUGUGUGUGUGUUUGUAUCAACCAUUAAAAGUCAUUGCAAACUUA